AUGGUGUUUGUCUUUCUGAGAAUUAUGAACUACCUCAUCGAUGCGUACACCAUCUAUGCUGCAUCGGUUCUGGCUGCCAACUCCAUCAUCUAUUCGUGCUUCGGUGCCGGAUUCCCCCUCUUCACGACUUACACAUAUCACAACCUCCGCAUUCACUGGGCAUCAUGCGUACUGGCAUUUUUAUCUCUUGCAUGCGUUCCAUUUCCAUUUAUCUUCUACCAUUACGGACCUAGCAUUCGUCGAAAGUGCAAGUAUGCUGCACAAGUCGAUGACUUUAUCCGGGUGCUAGCCCAAAUGGCCCACCGCAGCGAUCUGGUUGAGAAAAGCCCACGGAGGCAAUUGCGGACACUGAAGCUGUACCAAUGCAUAUAG